AUGUUGAGGAAAACGGCGGAUGACUUCUUGAAUCGAGUUGCUCUGACUGAUGCUUGCUUGCUGUUUACACCAUCCAUUAUUGCUCUCACUGCUGUCUUGGCUAGUGCUUCGAGAGCAGGCCUUAAUAUUGAGAGUUAUUUAUUGGAGUGCCUUUCUCUAAAAGACAGCCGGGAAACCAUGGCUCAUCUACUGGAUGGAAUGAAACGUCUAAAGAUACUGGUAUCAAAAUAUGAGUUUGCUAGACCUGAAGAUGUUGCUUUAAUAGAGAAGAAAUUGGAGAAGUGCCACAGUAGUGAAAUUUCUUCUUUGGUUAACACAAAGAAGAGAAAGGGUUAUGAAGAUGAUGAUUAUAUAUCCAAAAAGCCCAAAAUGGAAGAGGAGUGGAGUGAUGAUGAUUUAGUGGAUUCUUUAUAG